CACUUCAAUUCCUCUAUAUAUAGCACACAAUGGACACUCUCUAGUCUCUUCAUCCAUCAAUCCUUCUUCGCAUUAUUUUUAUGAGUUUCCUUUGUCUGUAAUAUUAUUUAAUCCUUCUUUGCAAUAUCUUUCUCUUUAGACGCCCCCAAACUUGAUUUGACAACCAUGUCCAAGGAAGUGGAAGACUGUGGCCACCACGACGCCGAGAACAAGCACCACCGCCACAUAUUCAUAGGCAUUCUUGCCGUCAUCAUCACCAUUCUGGUGGUAAUCUUCCUUGUAUGGAUGGUUUUACAGCCCCACAAGCCUAGGUUCAUCCUUCAAGACACUACCAUCUAUGGCUUGAAUCUUUCAGACCCGAAUUUCCUUUCUUCUAACAUGCAAGUUACCAUAUCCACCAAAAACCCCAACGACAAGAUUGGUAUAUACUAUGAAAAGCUUGACAUCUAUGCUUCUUACCAUAACCAACAGAUAACCUUGGCAACUGAACUGCCUCCGACCUACCAAGGCCACAAUGACGUCUCAGUAUGGUCUCCAUUUCUGUAUGGUGAUGCGGUGCCUGUGUCUCCAUAUCUUGCUGUUUCAAUUAACCAAGACGUGAAUGCUGGGGUUCUGCUCUUUAAUAUCAAGAUCAACGGGAAGCUAAAAUGGAAGGUUGGCUCUUGGUUGUCUGGCAGGUACAGAAUAUUUGUGAAUUGUCCAGCUUAUAUAACUCUCGGCAGCCGGAGUAAUGGAAUCAAUGUCGGAGCAGGGAUCAAGUAUCAGAUUGUACAGCAUUGUCAUGUGGAUGUUUAAGCGAAGGAGAGUGCGCUUCUAGCUAGCACUAUCCAUAUGUUAUUUCUUUUAUUUUUCUCCACCUCCAAUGAAGGGCUUUUUUUUUU